AUGCCACGAGUCAAGGUAGAUUAUGUAGUGAGUGUUAGCAGUGAAGAUCCUGAAAACCAGGCAAGUAAUUUACUAGCAGGAGAAGUUAGUAAAAAAAAAUGGCUUUGUGCCAAAGGUGAACAAUCCUGCUCAGUGGUACUGCAGCUUGCCCGUGCAGUAAUGAUAUCUGCAAUUCACAUUGGAGCACACCAUGCAGCAUUUGUGGAGGUGAUGGUGGGUACAUCGGAAAAGCCCAAUGAGGAAUACGAAGUGUUAGUGCCGCGCUGCGUAUUCUGUGGGCCAGCUGAGUCACGUCGCGAUGAGCCCGUGCAGCGCGUACGUUCAUUUAGCGGCGGCCAGUUAGCUGAAGCAGCACUCCGCCGUCGCUGGGAUCGUUUGCGCGUCCUAUGCUCCCAGCCCUACAACAAACAUUGUCAGUUUGGAUUAUCAUUUCUACAUAUAUUUGAACUUGAAGACAUUUCCCCUGAUCCUUCAGUGGAACCCAAGCCUGUGCCUGUGAUGCCAGCUCUUACUGCUCUGAGUCAAAAGGAUAAAUUCCUAGCUCUUGGCAGCUACUCUUCAGAUGAAGAUGAAUUCCGACCAGGAGAACUGUUUGCCAAAUAUCGACAGAGCCUAAAGGAAGAUGAUGACAAUGCCCACACUUCUAACACAAAUGCUCAGAUUAGAAAAGCUUCCUCUCAAGCCUUAAAAAAUAUAUCAGAUGCUGAUACAAAGCUAAGAAAGACUACAAUUGCGAAACAGCACAAGGGAGACAGUUGUGACCGUGGUCAGACUCAGGACAGAAGCAGACAGAGCCUCAUGUACAAUUCUGACGAGGAGGAACCUCAUGCGAAAAUCGACCGUGUGGUCACCAAACACAAGGAGCAAAGAGACAAAACUGACAAAUCACAAAAUACUAAGCAUAUGCUCAUUAUGAAGAAUGUUAAUGUGAAAAAGGUCAAUGUUGAAACAAACAGCACUGUUCAAAAAGAAAGUAAAGGUGAAUUAUUCAGCAGGAGUAAAGAUAGAGUAGAGAACACUACUAGCAAAAAGACUGACGUUCGAGGGUCUAGUUGCAAAAUCUCAGGUGGUGGAGAAAACAAAGAGAAAUCUGACGGAGAUCAUAAGGAUAAUGGUGGUAAGGAGAGCAGAAAACGACAACGAUCAGAUUAUAAUGAUGAGAGUACAACGGGCGGGGCGCUGCGCGGCGUGGUGUUCGCGCUGAGCGGGUUCGUGGCGCCGGAGCGCGGCCUCCUGCGCGGCGCCGCGCUCGCGCUGGGCGCGCGCUACCGCCCCGCCUGGGGCCGCGACUGCACCCACCUCGUGUGCGCGUUCCCGAACACGCCGAAGUUGCGCCAGGUGGUGGCCGAGGCGCCGCACGCGCACGUGGUGGGCGCCGCCUGGCUGCGUCGCUGCGCCGCCGAGGGGCGCCGCGUGCCCGAGCGCCCCUACGCCAUGCACCCCGCCACACCCGCCGCCGCCGCCGCCACCGCCGCCGCUGCCACCGCUGCCAACGCUGCCAACGCAGCCGCUGCCACCGCCGCCACCGCCGCCACCGCCGCCGCUGCCACCGCCGCCGCUGCCACCGCCGCCACCGCAACCCCUACCGCCGCCGCCGCUGCCACCGCCGCCACCGCCACCGCCGCCGCUGCUGCCACCGCCGCCACCGCCACUGCCGCCGCCGCUGCCACCGCCGCUGCCACCGCCGCUGCCGCUGCUACCGCCGCCACCGCCACCGCCGCCGCUGCCACCACCGCUGCCACCGAGACCCGCACCCCCGCGCCCUCUGCCGACGACUGCGAUGUCGACACGGACGAGGAGAUCGAGAGGGUGGUCCGCGAGCGAAAGAAACGGCGCCGCGCGGCGUCUACGCCCUCGCCGCCCUCGCCGCCGGCCGCGGACAGCGAGGGCGCGUCGGAGACGGAGCCGGAGGGCGCGGAGGGCGCGAGCUCGUCGGGCGGCGAGGAGGCGCCGCCGCUGCCCGCCUUCCUGGACGGCGUCGCGCUGGCCGUGGACGAGGCCGCGGCGAGCGCCGGCUUCUCGCCGCGGCUGCUACGCCGCUACGCGAAGGCCUACGGCGCUACGCCGGCGCCCGAGGGCGAGGAGCGGCUGCGGCUGGGCCUGGCGCCGCCCGCACGCCGCCCCGACUGGCUCUGGCGCUGCCACGCCGCGGGGGCGCUCUGCCCCGCCGACCCGCACCCGCAA